AUGAUCCGGCGAGCGAGCCGCCGCCUCCUCCCGGCCAUCCCACACCGCGCGCUCCCGCCCCGCCGCGGCCUCGCGGCCAGCGCGGCGCUGCAGUGGCUGGACGACGAGCUCACCUCGCUCGCCCUCCCCGAACCCGGGCCCGGGGUCGACUCGCACGCGUGCGCCAGGCUCCUGCAGGGCUGCGUCGCGCGCGGCGACGCCCGCGGCGGCCGCGCCGUGCACGGCCACGUCCUGCGGGGCGCCGUCCUGGACCUCUUCUGCGCCAACGUCCUGAUCAACCUGUACGCCAAGCUCGGGCCCUUCGCCGGCGCGCGCAGGGUGUUCAACGGGCUGCCGGAGCGGAACACGGUGUCUUUCGUCACGCUCCUCCAGGCCCACGCGCUGCGCGGGGAGUUGGAGGCCGCGGCGGCGCUGUUCCGGAGGCUGCGGCUGGAGGGGCACGAGGUGAACCAGUUCGUGCUCACCUUGCUGCUCAAGCUCGUCGUCUCCAUGGACGCUCUGGGGCUCGCCUGGGCCGUGCACGCUUGCGCGUGCAAGCUGGGCCAUGACCGGAACGCCUUUGUCGGGUCUGCGCUGGUCGAUGCCUACUCCAUGUGCGCGGCUGUCGGCGAUGCAAGGCGCCUGUUUGACGGGAUCGUGGGUAAGGAUGCUGUGGCUUGGACUGCUAUGGUUUCUUGCUAUUCUGAGAAUAACUGCCCGGAGAACGCGCUUCAGGUUUUCCGGGAGAUGAGGGUGGCGGCUUCUAAGAUCAACCCAUUUGCUCUGACCAGUGUGCUCAGGGCUGCCGUGUGCUUGUCGUCAGUUGCGCUAGGCAAGGGUAUCCAUGCCUGUUCAGUAAAAACACUUUAUGAUGCCGAGCCUCGCGUUUGUGGUGCGCUGCUUGAUAUGUAUGCCAAAUGUGGGAAUAUUGAGGAUGCCCGCUUGGCUUUCGACAUGGUUCCCCAUGAUGAUGUGGUACUUUGGAGUUUUAUGAUAUCCCUGUACGCACAGAGCAAUCAGAACGAGCAGGCCUUCGAGCUGUUCAUCAAAAUGAUGCAGUCUUCUGUGGUGCCUAAUGAAUUUAGUCUAUCAAGUGUUCUGCAAGCUUGUGCUAAUAUACCACUCUUGGACCUAGGCAAGCAAAUUCAUAGCAAUGCUAUGAAGAUUGGUCACGAGUCUGAGUUAUUUGUUGGAAAUGCACUGAUGGAUCUCUAUGCCAAGUGCAGCGACAUGGAAAGCUCACUCAAGAUCUUCUCAUCAUUGCGGGAUGCCAACGAGGUGAGCUGGAACACAAUUAUUGUUGGUUACAGCCAGUCUGGUUUUGGAGAAGAUGCUUUGAGUGUAUUCCGUGAGAUGCGUGCUGCUAGGGCGCCUUCAACUCAAGUUACAUACUCAAGCGUGCUCCGGGCUUGCGCGAGCACAGCAUCCAUCAAUCAUGUUGGCCAGGUUCACUGUUUGGUUGAGAAAUCCACAUUCAACAGUGACACCAUUGUAAGUAAUUCACUUAUUGACUCAUAUGCUAAGUGUGGAUGCAUCAGGGAUGCUCGCAAGAUAUUUGAAACUCAGAAAGAACACGAUAUAAUUUCGUGGAAUUCCAUAAUCUCAGGAUAUGCUGUUUAUGGACAUGCUGCACAUGCCCGAGAACUUUUUGACAGGAUGAACAAGAGCGGUAUUGAAGCCAACGAUAUCACUUUUGUUGCUCUCCUGUCUGUCUACGGUAGCACGGGUUUAGUGAGCCAAGGACUCUCUCUGUUUGACUCCAUGAAGCUUGAUCAUGGCAUCAAACCAUCCAUGGAGCAUUACACCUGCAUUGUUAGGCUUCUAGGACGUGCUGGCCGUCUGCAUGAUGCUCUAAAAUUUAUUGGAGAUAUCCCUUCAGCACCGUCUGCUAUGGUUUGGCGUGCAUUGCUUAGCUCCUGUAUAGUGCAUAAAAAUGUGGAUCUGGGGAGAUUUUCUGCAGAGAAGGUGCUUGAGAUUGAACCACAGGAUGAAACAACUUAUGUCUUGCUAUCAAACAUGUAUUCUGCAGCUGGGAAUUUAGAUGAAGUUGCUUUUUUGAGGAAAUCAAUGAGGAACAUAGGCGUAAGGAAGGAGACUGGUCUUAGUUGGGUCGAGAUGAAGGGUGAAAUUCAUGCCUUUUCAGUAGGGUUGGAAGACCAUCCAGAUAUGCGAGUGAUACAUGCUAUGCUAGAAUGGCUAAACCUGAAAGCCACCAGGGCAGGUUAUGUUCCUGAUACUAACGUAGUGUUGCAUGACGUAGAUGAGGAACAAAAGGCUCGCAUGCUGUGGGUGCAUAGCGAGAGAUUGGCUUUAGCAUACGGGCUUGUGAUGACACCUCCCGGGCAUCCAAUUCGGAUAAUGAAGAAUUUGCGCUCCUGCUUGGAUUGCCAUGCCAUAUUCAAGGUGAUCUCCAAAAUAGUCAAACAAGAAAUUAUUGUGAGAGACAUCAAUCGUUUUCAUCAUUUUGACAAGGGAACAUGCUCAUGUGGUGACUAUUGGUGAUGUUCCAUUGUCCAUUCAUGUAUUCAAGGGAGCUGCUCAUUGAUUUGCAUCAACUUUAAUACUCCCUUUGUCUGGAAAUACUUGUCGUUGAAAUGAUGUAUCUAGAUGUAUUUUAACUCUAGUACAUCCAUUUUCAUCCAUUUAUGCGACAAGUAAUUCCGGACGGAGGGAGUAUACUGGAUUGCUGAUUGAAAUGAUUAUGUUGACGAUUUGCUGGACAUAAAAGAGCAGUCUUUGGUCAGCUGAAUCAUGUGCCACGUGCCAGGUUGGCAUCAAUCAGCGGGGUAAUUUGAAAAAAAAAAGGCUUGCUUGAUCUGGACUGAGCAAAGGUAAACAUGCCAUAGAUCCAAAGGUUUUUUUUCCUGAACAUAUCUGUGUGAUGUAUAUGUACAGAAUCUUUUUCUAAGGGAAAAC